CUGCCACCUCCUGCAGCCUGGCCGGGGCCCUUGCUCAGUGGCAGAGCUUACCCGAUCCCAGGUGGGUGACCCGCACAGCUGGAUCAGGUUCCCAGGCCUGGGGCUCACCUUACAGCCCAGCCGGGCAUCUGCUCCCAUCUAUAAUUCAGCAGUGCCAGCAGCAGGAUGCGGCGGGUGGGCAGGCGCAGCAGGCAGGCCCAGGAGGGCAGCCCCAUGGAGAACGGUGUGGGGCAGGAGCUGGGGACCCCCGAGCCAGCUUUUGCCGAGGGCACCCUGGCCCCUCGGCCCCCCCGUGCCCGCCCCCGGCUGGUGUUCCACACACAGUUGGCCCACGGCAGCCCCACGGGGCGCAUCGAAGGCUUCACCAACGUCAAGGAGCUCUACGCCAAAAUCGCCGAGGUCUUCAGCAUCUCGCCCACCGAGAUCCUCUUUUGCACGCUCAACACACACAAAGUAGACAUGCAGAAGCUGCUGGGGGGACAGAUUGGCCUGGAGGAUUUCAUCUUCGCCCACGUCCGUGGUGAGACAAAGGAGGUGGAGGUGACCAAGACGGAGGAUGCGCUUGGCCUCACCAUCACGGACAAUGGGGCCGGCUAUGCUUUCAUCAAGAGAAUCAAGGAGGGGAGCAUCAUCAACCGCAUCCAGACCGUGUGCGUGGGCGACAGCAUUGAGGCCAUCAACGACCAAACCAUCGUGGGCUGCCGGCACUACGAGGUGGCACGGAUGCUGCGGGAGUUGCCUCGGGCUCAGCCCUUCACCCUCCGCUUGGUGCAGCCCAAAAAGGCUUUUGACAUGAUCGGCCAGAGGACGCGGAGCAGCAAGUCCCCCGGUGAGGGUAGAGUGGUCAGUGGGAAGGAAACACUGCGGCUGCGGGCACAGGGCCCGGCCACACUGGAGGAGGAGGUGCACGGCUCGGCGCCCACGCGUGCUGCCCCCAUGGGCUCAGCUCAGUGGGAGCAGAGGGUCCCCGGGCUGUGCCCCCACCCCUGGCACCCAGCCUCUCACCCCCAGCCCAGCCCCUUCGAGGAGGAAGCUGCCCGCAGGGUGGACGACCUGCUGGAGAGCUACAUGGGCAUCCGUGACAGCGAGCUGGCCUCAACGAUGGUGACGGCAGCGAAGGAGAGCCCCAGCGCAGCUCAGCUCGCCCGUGACUUGGACUCGGUGCUGGGCGAGUUUGCCUUCCCCCAGGAGUUUGUGGCCGAGGUGUGGGCGGCUGUCUGCCAGCCCGGGGGGGGACAGGAGUAGCUGGGGGGCGGCAGCGCCUCUUGCCCCUGUCCUCGUCCCACAUCUUCACCCCAUCUGAGGGUUAUGGUGCCUGUGGGGCUCCCCAUCCUGCCCGUCCUGAGCUGCACUCGGGUUGGAAAGACAGCAGGGUACCCAGCACCCCACCUCGCCCAAAACCCCCUUUGUGCUCCCUGGGUUGCGGCAGGAGGUGGAUGCAGGACAUUAAA